AUGAAAGCCGAUAUAAGGGACACGAGAAAGUACUAUAAAUUUCACGAAGACUAUGGACAUGAAACAGACAGCUGCAGAGAUUUGAAGAUCGAAAUUGAGAGAAUGAUCGACACAAGAGAAUUAAGGAAAUUCGUGGCCCGUAAAGAAAAAAGCAAUGACAAGGGAGAAAAGAGAAGCAGAGAUGACAAAGCAAAAGAAAAAGAAGACGAACGCCCAUUCAAAAUAUUGGGAACCAUACACAUGAUCAAUGGAGGUGGACACAGCAGCUCAACGAUUAGGAGAAAGCAAAGGAGAGAAGUGAUGAACAUCAGAGAAACUCACAUGCCACCGAUAAUCUUUGAUGUUGAAGAUUAUGAACAUGUCAAAGCACCCCACAACGAUGCCUUGGUAGUGAAUACUAUCAUUGAGAAUUGGAACAUGGAGAAAAUCCUAAUCGAUGAAGGAAGCGCAGUGAAUCUUAUGACAAACGCGGCAUACAAAAUGCUUGGAGGAACCGCAUCAAGGUUGCGCCGAGUCCCGAUCCCACUAUCAGGACUCGGUGGCCCCUCCAUCAAUCCGUUAGUAGCAGUCACCCUGGAAGUGAUAAUCGGCCCAGAUAGAGGAAUCAACAAAAAGGUUAUGUCACUAUUUAAUAUAGUUGACAUGGAGCUAACAUACAAUACCAUCCUCGGAAGACCUUUCCUUCAUGACUCAGCUGCAGUGACUAGCAUAAGGGCAUUGGCGAUGAAAAUACCAACCAAGAAGGGAGUAGUGACGCUGAGAGGAGAUCAUAAUAUAGCUAAGAAAUGCUACGACGAGUCUGUGGUAGACCUCCAAGAAAAUAAGACCGAGAAAAAGGAAGAAUAG